AUGGGCCUGGGUCGCUCGCUCAACGCGCUCAUCCGCGACGGCCGCACCAAGAACGUCCCCCACCUCGCUCUUCGAUGUCUCGCUCUCUGCGUCCCCGUUUUUGCUCUCCCACGACUGCAGACCUGCGUCUCGUACAACAUGCAGCCGGCCUCCGGCGCGCGCGCACACCGCGUCCAAGCCACCGCCCGCUGGCUGUCCAACCGUCUGGGCCGCUUGCUCGACGACAUCACCGACGUGGUCGCGCAUGAGAGCCUUGUGGGACAGCUCGUCGUGCUCCUGGUCGCCAUAGGGCUUGCUUCGUUCCGGAAGCCUGAUCCUGUCCACUUCGUUGGCAUCGUGAUCGCGCUCGUUGGGGUGUUGCUGCACCUGGAGCUCACGCGAGACGUGACUCUGCCUGGCAAGUCUUGCUCCGCUGCCAGCGCUCGAAGCCGCGUGCCGCUCGCGAGCGAGAUCCACGCGUGCCUGCCCUUUUUGGGCAUGCCCCUGCAGGAGCUUCGCGGUCGAUUCGACGGCCGCCUGUUUCCUAGCGACGAUGCCCUAUUCGAGAAGCGUCUCACGACGGUCGCUGUCAUCCAUGGCACCGGAAGCAAUCCCAUGGUUCUCCCACUGGCAGAACUGCCUAGUAAGACAGCCGGGGCAGCCCGCAUCGAGUCUCUGGAUGAAAUUCCCUCCCCCGACGAGGUUUGGCAAAGUAUGUCGCAUGGGGACUGCGUCUCCGCCGAACGCUUCGCAGGAUUCUUCACCGUCACUCGGGGCGCUAUUCACCCGGCUACGCUAUGGCUCAUGAUGCUGCCGAUCCUGUUCACCUGGAGUGAGGAAGGGCGAUGGGCUCUUCGACCGGGCUGGGACCAUGCACAGGCUGCACUUGGCAAACUCGGCGUGGUGAGAUUCAUCAUAGCGGCUAGGAGGAGCAUCCUGCGCGAGGCUGGACGCCGCCGGCCGCCGGCCACCAUAGCAGCCCAGGACAGCGAUUCCAGAUCUUCACGUGUCCUGCGCACGAUACAUCGUGAGCAUGUACAACGAACUACUCAAGGUGUCGAGCGGGAAGACUCCGCAGCACUGCUCCAGGCUGAAAUCAAACGACUGCAAGAGCUCGUCCGGCGAAGCGAAGAGCAGGCCAGAGAGUCCACAACACGAGAGGCCCGCUUAUCGGAGGAGCUAUCCGAGCAAAGGGAUUCAGCGGCAAAGUUCGAGGCCAAGGUUAAACUGUUGCAACAAUCUCAUCGAUCCUUCGUCCAUCAGAGUGAAGAGCCCCCCGAAAAGCUCGCCGACCAGAAGACUGCUAUUUCAUCUCUCGAGGCUGCGCUUAGGCAGGCGCAGAAAGAUGCAAGCAGCCAAGCUGAGCAGGUCCGCCUACGUGAUCAGCAGCUCGCUCAGCAAAGUGAAGAGCACGCCAGAGAGCUUGCUGGGCAGAACACUACUGUUACAGCACUCGAACGGGCGCUUAAGCUGGCGCACAGUACAGCGGCAGAUCCAUCUCAGCGAGAAUCUUCCCUCCACGCAGAGUGCACGAAACAGGUGACCGACCUUUCAGCGCAGCUUUCUGGGCAAACGAGCUCUGUGGCGAAGCUCGAAGGCGAGCUUUCCGAGGCCCGAGAAGCUCUGACAGCUUCAAGCACGGCAAAAGACGCACUGGAACAACAGGUUGCCAGUCUCACGACUGCUCUGGGGAAGCCGCGCGACAAUCACCUGCAAAGGCUCCUCCGCAUCGGCGAUUAUCCUCUUCCUGGAGCGCUGGGCGGAGACGGAGAAGGCUCCGUGCUGAGCGUGAGCGAGGACAGGGCCCGUGUCACUCUUCACAACCACACGAACAAGGCCUUUGAUUUCGGGUUCGACUACGUCUUCGACUCGAUUGACAACGACAAAUUCGCAACAGCGUUCGAGCCCUACUUUGACCGCGUCGUCAACGGCGGUGUCAGCAUCAUCAUGACAGAUGGCCCGUCGUCCAGCGGCAAGUCGCAUACCCUGGUAGUCGGCGAAAGGUCCGUCGGGCAGGCUGCCGGGCGCUACCUGCUGGAGUACGCCAAUGAAGGCAUACUCAUCAAGGCCGCGGAAAUGUUGAGCAGCCAAAGCGAGCUGGAAGCGAUGAGUGCGAAAGAACAGCAGCAAUUCGGCGUGACGGAGUCGGCAGGCGCCUAUCUGGUUACGACGCCAGCCGGCGUGGCAGCUGUGCUGGCACACGUUGAGCGUAAACGCACGACACGUCCGACAAACAUGAACAAAAACUCAUCCAGAAAGCACCUGCUCGUCGAGAUGUCAACGCAACAUUUGGGAGAUCAAGAGCGCGCAGGCCGCCUCGUCUUGCUCGACGUCUGCGGCGCCGAGCGCCAGGAUGACGUCGGCACCAACGACCACACCACGCUGGAGAUUAAUCGCACCAGGAGCCAGUACCAAGGCGCCCUAAGAGCCCUCCGCACGCCUGCUGGGGACAUGGUCCAGCACAGGAGGAGCGGUCCCCUCGCAGCCUUUCUAUGCAAAAACAUGGAGACCGUCACCUGCAAGCCGGACGAUGGCACGAGACUUGCCAGAUGGCCCAUGGCGGCUCUCAUCACGCACGCCAACCGUCAACAUGCAUCGAAUCUCACCUACGUUUCGCUCAGAUGGUCCGAUGAGGAUGCCUCGAGGCAAGCCAAGAAGCCUUGA